UGUGUGUGUAUAUACAUGUGUGUGUGUAUAUAUAUAUAUCUAUAUCUGAGUGUCUAAGUCGAAGUGUUUUCAAACUUUAACUUUUAUUUUCGUGGUCCUGGUGGGUCCCUAUGGGUCUUUGAGACGUUCAGGUGUGGACAUAAAAGCUUAUUUGUGUAUUCAGAUGGUUGCAAACAUCAAAACGAAGAGAGAACAACCGUCCUCCACCUUCACCGUCUCUCAGGGACAAGGACCGGAGGAGAUGGUGAGAGACAAAGACAAGGCGGAGAGGAAGAGGAAGGCGGAGAUGGCUCGUCUCCGGAGGGAGAAGAUCAUGGCUCAGAUGUCUGAGAUGCAGAAACAUUUCAUCAACAAGAACAAAGAGCUUUUCCAGCAGAGUCUGGAGGAGCUGGAGGUGUCCACGUCCACUGCAGAAAACAGUCCUCCCAGUUCAGACCACACCUGUGUUUCACAGGUGUGUGUUGGUCCCAGGAGAGUGGGCGGAGCCGAGCGCCGUCAGUUGGUGACUUGUAUCCUGUGUCAGGAGGAGCAGGAGGUCAGAAGUCAAGGCAGAGCCAUGGUGCUGGCGGCCUUCAUCCAGAGGUCGACAGUUUUAUCUAAAAACCGCCGACGCAACCCACCUGACCCAGAGUGUCACGACCCUCUGUUUAUGCACCCCGACCUGUCGCUGGGGAUCCACACGGCCAGCUGUGGACACAUCAUGCACGCCACCUGCUGGCAGAGGUACUUUGAGGCGGUGCAGCUGAAGGAGCAGAGACGUCAGCAGCGUCUACGAGGUCACACAAGCUACGAUGUGGAGAACGGAGAGUUCCUGUGUCCGCUGUGCGAGUGUUUGAGCAACACUGUGAUCCCUCUGCUGCCACACACACACCUACCUGACUACAGGGUCCAUCAUCCCACUCUGGAGGCGUGGCUUAGCACAGCCAAUCAGCAAACAUCAGCACUACACUCCGCCCACAGGAAGCCGUCUGAUGGUGUAGCAGAGGGUGUGGAGCCUCCUGUUCCUGAAGGAUUCAGAGUCGACUUCACUCCACAGAACCCGUUCUCCAGCAACAUCAGGGAGAUGAUCACCACCUUCGGCAUGUCGACCUACAAGGUGGGACUCAAGGUGAGUCUCAAGGUGAACCUCAACGAGCAGGACCACAGAGUCCCGGUGCUGAGCUGGUCCACCUGCGCCUACACCAUCCAGAGCAUAGAGCGCCUCCUGAUGGAUGAAGACAAGCCGUUGUUUGGAAGUUUACCUUGCCGACAGGAUGACUGUUUAAGCGCUCUCACCAGGUUCAGUUCAGCCUGUUGGACUGCAGCUCCACCAACAACAGUUCAGUCACACUUCAUCAGGCUGCUAGCAGCCCUGGUUCCAGACUCUCAGGUAGAAAACUCUCUCUCUAUCCUCGACAUCGACAUGUUUCACCUGCUGGUUUACAGUGUGAUGUCAUACAGUUCGGUUCACAGUCUGGACCAAUCAGGACAGAGAGUGGUAGACUCCGCCCACCUCCACCUGCUUCACCUGGUCACUGUGGCUCACCUGGUUCAGAUCCUGCUCACCUCCACCACAGAGGUGGUGUGUAUGGAUCAGGACAGUGGAGGAUCAGAGGAGGAGGAGCUCACCUGGCGGCUCUACAACACGCUGAGGAAACACCUUGGCAGGUCGGUACACACACUCUCACUCAGACACAUCCACACACCUAGACGCGCGCGCGCACACACACACACCUAGACGCGCGCGCGC